AAAAAAAAAGAAACCAAAAACGGGGGUUAUAUUCUAUGCUCCAAUGGUUCCACUAUAUAUAAAUGGCCAUAGUUUAGUCUCUUACCGACCAAUUCUCACAAAGCCGUCUUCCACAUAGGAAGAAAGAAAGGGCUUCAUUUCCAAAUGGUCAGAGCGGGCAGCAAGGAGAAGGAAGAAACUCCGGUCCAUGGACAUGUAUUGGAGCGGAUCCUGUCGCACGUGUCGCUUGUUGAUCUCGUGCCUGCUUCCCACGUGUCCAAGGCCUGGAUGCGUGCGGUUUUCUCGUCGCUUCGUCACUUCAACGCGCCCAAGCCGUGGGUCAUCGUUCACGCACAGGGCAGUCGGACUCCGAACCGGGUCACCGCGCGCGCCUACGACCCGAGGUCCGACGUGUGGUUCGAAGUGCAGCCGCCGGCGAUCGAGCAUGUUUCGGCCGUUCGAUCUUCUUCAUCGAACAUCCUCUACGCGCUGUCCCCCGCGACGCUCUCCUUCUCGGUCGAUCCUCUCCGGCUGACGUGGCACCAAGCGGACGCUCCCGCCGUGUGGCGCGCCGAUCCGAUUGUCGCGGCCGUCGGCGGCCGCAUCGUCGUUGCCGGCGGAACAUGCGACUUCGAGGACAAUCCACUCGCCGUCGAGAUCUACGACGUCGCUUCUCGAACCUGGAGCUCCUGCGAGUCCAUGCCGGCGGUCCUCAAAGAUUCCUCGGCGUCGACGUGGCUGUCCGCUGCCAGCGACGACCGCAAGCUCUACGUGACAGAGAAGCACUCCGGCACGACACUCGCCCUCGAUCCAGAGACCAAGACCUGGUCCGGACCGUACAAUCUCCGUCCCGAUCCAUCCAUUUUCUACUCCGUCAUCUCGUUCUCCAACAACCGUUUGAUACUAAUCGCACUGAUCGGAGACGCGAGCAACGCCAAAGGACUCAAGCUUUGGGGAGUGAACUGCGAGAGCUUCGAGUGCGAAGGGGAGAUCGGAGAGAUGCCAAUGGAGCUUCUGGAAAAACUAAAGGGUGAAAGCCUCCAACUAUCUUCGAUCGGCGUUUGUUUCUCGGGAAAAUUUGUGUACAUAUUCAAUCCUUCGUGGGCGGAGGAAGUAAUCGGCUGCGAAUUUGACAAGGGCGGGUGUAGGUGGUGGAGCAUACGCAAUCGGAAUGGAAAUGGAACGGAGAGAUUGGUGUUAACGUGCUCGGAGGUUGGGAUUGAGGAUGUGCGGGUGGCGUUGAGAUCGAAGAAUAGCAGGAUCAAGGCAUUACAGUGACAAUUUUUUCAGUGUCAUUAAAUUAAUUAUGAUCCAAUGUUUCUCAUCAAUACCAAAAUUAGGAUUUGUCCAUGAGGUAAUAGAAAAUGAGGAUUUUUGCCAUUUUAGAAUUUGGUCUCGAAGUAUUAGGAAAAAAAAAAAAAAAUGUGUCUCCUGAACAUAGCUUGAGUGGCCCGACAAGUGAUAUAUUAAAUUUGUAUU